GUAGAAUGUUCCAUUCCUGCUCUGUAUCUGUUUAUUAGAACAGCUGGUGACCACAGAUUUUCACCAUUUAAUGGGAGGGACUCCUGGGCUGGGCACAGCUCCCUUUAUGACAGGUUUGUUUGCCAAUACUAAUUUUCUACUUAAUUAUGGUUGUUACUGAGCCCUGGCUGGUAUUUUGGGGUGUGAACCUGCAGAGGGAGAUCUAUAUGUUUGUCUUGGCUUAGGUUGCUACUAAACGCACAGAAAACUUGAAAAUUGUGAAGAAAUGUUAGUGAAUAAAAACAGCUGCUUCAAGCUGUGCAAUAAUACUUUUCUUUUUUGAGAUCCAAACUCAAAUACAACAACAAAAAAGCUGCUAGUUCUCUGAAUGCGAUUGAAUGUGUUGAUAAUGACCUCUGCAGCACUGUAUAGUUUCCUCAGACCGCCACAUUUACUCGUGGCAGUCUUGGUUGAUUAACCUGGCAGUGGAAAUCCAGUGGGAUGCUUGAUUUGGCUGUGUCUGCAUUUCCAUGUUUUACAUGCAGUAGGAUUCAUAUUGGAGGACUCCAAACUUGGAAAUUCACCUUCUCCUUUCAAGAAACAUCUGGGUUGCAUGAGUGCAUGCUGUAAGGUCUCUCUCUUGCCUAGAUGGUUUGAUAGAAGAAUUUCUUUGAUAUUGAACCCCAGGAGAUGAUGCGUAUAUAAAUGUCAUAUUAUUUCAGGUUUUGAUAUAGGUCAUUUAGAAUAAACUCAAUGUCCUUGUAUGUGUUAGUACAACAAGCUCACCUUUAGGUUGUAGCUCUUCCAGUCACAUAGUGACAUGCUUGUAGGUCUGAUGCUGCCUGUUAGAGAAGUGAUUUUCCUAUUAUGACCUGCAGCGUUGCUCGUGGGGGUCAGUGGUGUGGAUCCCAGAUGUGGGUGUAAAGAUGGUCCACAUGAGGAUCUUUUCCUCUGGAAAAGCUGGGCAGCUGUUGAAAAGGCAUCACCAGUACUUCCUGCCUUUCUUCCUUUUCCUUCAAACCUUUGUAUAGAAGCCAGGAAGGGAGAACCACGAGUACAUAAACACUUUAGGGUCUGUGUAUUGUUCUCUGAAAUUAAAAAAUCAUUGCACCCCUUCCUCCCUGCUGUUUAAGUGCAGUCUGGAACCUAAUAUCUAAAACAAUAAUUUUAUGUGGCUUUAUAUGUUUUGGGUUUUUUCUGAAAACAUAAAAUUCAGGAUAUAAACAUCCCCAUGUCCUGGAACACUCAUAGGAGACAGAGUUUUUUAUCUGUUGCAUGGAGACAGAGAUGAAUAGAGAGAAAGAUAACAUGCUCUCAGGAAAAAUCCUGGGAAAAGAAAAACAGUAGCUUGGCGGUUGUUUUUUAAAUAAAGAGGAAAUUGUAGAAGGGUGAUAGAGCUGGCCUAACGUAAACAUUAUCUGAGACUCCUUAUUUCUGAAUUACAAUGUAAACACCGUUACUGGAAUUGCAUGAAACAAAUCUGAUGUUGACUCUCUCCUUGUUCUGUUUCCUAGAUCCGGUAACACCUUUUUUCCUACUUCUGAAAAGUUGCUAAGGAUUCAUUUGAUUCGAACACACCACUGACAAAUCAGCACAAUACAAUAUAAUGAUUUGGAAGAAAUUUCUGUAGGAGUUCAUCACUGAGACUGUUUCCCAGGAUCUCUGCAGGAAACAACUUCUGUGGGUAAGCAUGGGCUGCCGGGAUGUGCAUGCAGCAACAGUACUGGCCUUCCUCAGUGGAACAGCCUCAGUAGCUGGACUCCUUGCAGCAGUUCUGCUUCCAAACUGGAGGCAAAUGAGACUGUACACAUUCAACAAGAAUGAGAGGAAUGUGACCGUUUACACUGGACUCUGGAUUAAGUGCGCUCGCUUUGAUGGGAGCAGAGACUGUGUGAUAUAUGACCCACAGUGGUACACUGCUGUCGAUCAACUGGAUUUACGUGUUCUUCAGUUUGCCCUUCCGCUGAGUAUGUUAACGGCUGUCUCAGCUCUGUUUCUCUGCUUGAUUGGCAUGUGUAACACAGCCUUUGUAUCGACCGUGCCGAACAUCAAAUUGGCCAAAUGCCUUGUAAACAGUGCGGGCUGCCAUCUCGUGGCUGGCCUCUUGUUCCUGCUUGCGUGUGCCAUUUGUCUUACUCCAUCGAUUUGGGUCAUUUUUUAUAACAAUUAUCUGAACAGAAAGUAUGAGCCUGUCUUUAGCUUUGACAUCUCUGUAUUUAUUGCCAUUGCCAGUGCUGGUGGGCUGUUCUUCACUUCCGUCCUGCUGUUUCUGUGGUACUGCGCAUGUAAAAGCCUCCCUUCUCCUUUCUGGCAGCCCCUCUAUUCGCAUGCACCUAGCAUGCACAGCUAUGCCUCUCAGCCAUAUUCUGCACGCUCUCGCCUCUCGGCCAUAGAAAUUGAUAUUCCUGUUGUGUCACACGCAUCUUAAGAAGGCAAAGUUUUGGAAGCCGAGUUGUUGUGCUCAUUCAAACCAUGAAAAUUGCAGGCUUGAUUCUCUCUGCUGCCUUGCACUGAGCAUAAUCAUUUGUAAGGUCAAGUUACCCGAGGUGCAAAGCAAUGGAGACCCGAGGUCAGCAAGUCCAUUGCUGUUCUUGAUUGUUACUUCCUGACCAACUUUUUUCUUUAACUCUGAGCUCACUACAAACAAAAUUGCUGCUAAUGCUGGGACAAUACAUUAACAAUAGUAUCCGUCCAUCCUUCCGCAUACUGAAAUCAAAGCGAGGUUGAAUCCCUUUGGUAUUUGAUAAGCUAUUACUAGAUUCUGAUCCCAUUGUAAGAGCUACAUAGGUGGACUCAUGCACCCGUGCAUUAUCCACACACCAGCGGUGGACCUGGGUGCAGGGGCUUCACUGAGUUUCUUGUUCAUCUAGACACACAUGUUUCAAGGUGCAAUGUUUGAAAAGGGUAUUUGGCAGACCAAUUCAGUUCUUUGGCACUGUUCUUUGUAUUCCACUGCACACACAAAAAGCUAC